CGGACUUCUAGCGUGAUUUCAAGCAUUGCGCUACUGUUGUUGAACAGUAGCUCCUAAAUUUUCAUGUUAAUGUAUGGUCCUUAGAAAAUUGUGUCUUUUGGGUUGUAUAAACCCAUGUAGUGAUACUAUCCGCCUGAAAGAUCCAUCAGGAGAUUGGAAAACGUUCUACGUCCGUGACAAGUUAGAUACUGGUGGGUUUAGUCGCAUCGAUCUGGUUGUUGACAAGACGUCGAGACGACUGUUCGCCUUGAAACGAAUUGCAUGUCAUUCAAAGGAUGAUGAAAUAAAAGCACUAAGAGAGGCCGAUUUCCAUUUAAGCCUCCAUAGUCAUCCUAAUUUGCUGCCUUGUGUGGCCAUUGGCCUACAAAAGACUGUUCGACAACAACAACAGGGGGCGAUUUCAGAAGUUCUGUUGGUAUUGUGUUACAGCAAGAAGGGUACACUUCAAAAAGAAAUUGAUAUCCGAUGUGCACAGAACAAUGUCUUUUCUAUUCAUUCCAUAAGAAAUUUAAUGAUUGGCAUAUGUGAGGGCCUUUUAGCUCUUCUUUCUCUUGAUACCCCAAUGUGUCACAGAGACUUGAAACCUGGGAAUGUUCUUCUGUUUGAGGAUAUGAGACCAGUCUUGAUGGAUUUCGGUUCUGUUACUCCGGCCAUUCUUCAUAUCAAGAACCUGAAAGAUGCAGGAAAAUGGAAGGAGUUUGCUGAAGAAAAUUGUUCUCUGACUUAUCGAGCACCUGAAUUUUUUAAUCCAACAACUGACCAAGAUAUAACGGAGAAAGCUGACAUUUGGUCUUUAGGAUGUCUGCUUUAUGCCUUGUUCUUCUUCAAGUCUCCAAUGGAUAUUGUUCAUUCUCGAGGUGAUAGUAUCGCUUUAGCUGCUUGUUCGUCUAAUAUAUUCUUUCCCAUGCAUUCAUCUUCACAAAUUCCAUCAGAAGUAAUGAAUCUACUGAAAUCAAUGCUGUCAGCAAAGCCUGAAAAUCGACCAUCACUAAUACAGAUUUUAGAAUUCUUUAAAAAUUUACCAACAGAAAUUGAACAAUGCAAUAUUCAAAAUGCAAUAACUUUUUCUCUUUAAUUUUAAAGAUUUUUGAUCAACAACAUCAAAAGUUUUACAUUAAAUUUUGUCUUUUUUUUAAAAAAAAAGCAUAUCUAAUUUCUAUUUUCUAGACUAUUUUGCUUGUGUUUUAUAUUAACUGGGGGAUUUUCGGUAAACAGCAUACUUUUGAUCUCUUUUUACAAAGUUAAUUUAUAAAAGAUAUUCUUUGUAAAACUGUGAUUUAAUUUGUUCCUUUUAGAUUUUUUUUUGAAUAAUAAUAAUAUUAAUAAUGAUAGCUUUAUUCUGAUAAAUGA